AUGUUGGACUUGGAAGCAACUAAACAUUCAUCAGGCAAUCAUCGUGUGCGUGGAAGAUGGCCGAGGAAAAUUCCACUCCUAAAUAUUGUCAGCUGGUUUUCGAUAGCCACCCUGUCCGUCUUCUGCAUCUAUUUCUUCCAGGAACAGCUUCGACUUUUGAAUCCUUCGCUUCAUUCAUACGUGAGUUGGAAUUUGUUCCAACAUGAAAAAUCCACCAAUCCGCUAGCACAAUACAAUUUGUCACCCCCAACUCCGGAGCAGAUCUUUUCUCCAAUCAGAUACCCUAUCUCAGAUAAAUAUCCGGAGGACACGGCUACCGGACUUACCUACCAUCCUAAUGGUCACCUACUGCUCCAAUCCGCCUCAAUAAAACUUCAAAAGCAUCCAUUUAUGACACUAAUCGAACGUGCAAAACUCGAAUGGAAAUCAAAGCUUGCACGUCAAUCCAAAACUCUUAAAGAAGCAGUUACGGAAUACAAACGUAGAAAUGGACGAAACCCACCGGCUGGUUUUGAAUUAUGGUAUGCAUAUGCUACCAAGAAUAAUGUAAAUAUGAUUGAUGAAUAUGAUCAAAUCUCAAGGGAUUUGUUUCCACUUUGGGCAUUGUCACCUAACGAGCUGCGUAAAAGAGCGGACACAAUUCAAACACGGGAAAAAUCACCAUUCAUACUUCACUUUGAUCCGGAUGGAAAUCUAGCUAUCACUGGUGAAUCAGCGGCAACAGGGAACGCGAAUUAUCUGGGUGGACUCUGUCAGGAAUUCGCACCACUCCUUGCUUCAGCCAACUUACCGCCUAUUUCCAUGGUUUUGCGAUCCCUGGAUGAACCUCGUCUUUUGUUAGGUUGGGAUCAGCAGAAGCGGUUACAUGAACUGGCAAAACUCGGUCAAUAUAACAAGAUCAAUGGAGUCGAAUUAGAAGAAUAUGAUCCAGCUAAGUCUGAUAUCAAUAUGGCUGAAGACUGGGCUGUGCAUUGCCCUCCAGAAUCAUCCAUUCAUAGAGAUGUUAUCCAUUCAUCCUCGCCCGACACGGCGCUAAGAUCAAGCCGCGAUGAUCAACAAUCCUCAGUGAAUCAUUCUUGGAUUUUCCAUCAUCCUCGUUCCAUGGACAUCUGUAUGAACCCCGAUGAUAUUGACAAACACGGAGCAACAGCAGGUCGAGCUUGGCCACCUAGUCCUAUGGUUCCACUCUUUGCUCUCUCAAAGACACCUCUUCAUGCCGAAAUUCUUGUAGUACCGCCUUUGUGGGACGAUAGAGAUGAAUAUGAAAACCCAAUUCCUUGGUCUGAGCGGCCUUAUGAUAAGCUUUAUUGGCGUGGAACGUGGAAUACAACACACCGUAUUCGAUUGCAUCAAUUCACACAUCAAUCCAAAUCAAAUACUCGUGUUCUAACUGAAGACGAGGAAUUCACGAAUUUAACAAAGGCUAACCAAAACCAUUUAUCAAUACAUGAAUUCGAAUCAAGUACUUCCAAGCUCAACCAACGUUACAUGAAUAUCAGUCUUGUUGGAGGUCCAUAUCAAUGUGAUCCAAAACAAUGUGAAAAACUUAAAAAAAUGAUUGAAUUUGGUAAAUCGGUGAGUAUUGAAGAAGGAGCUAAACAUAAGUAUGUAUUAGAUGUAGAUGGAAAUGGAUGGAGUGGUAGGUUUCGUAGAUUAUUAGCUACUCAACAUUUGGUUUUGAAAUCUAGUAUUUUGCCUGAAUGGUAUUCUGAUCGAAUCCAACCUUGGUACCAUUAUAUACCUUCAAACAUUGAUUAUACUGAUUUAUAUGAUAUCAUGAGUUUCUUUACUGGCGAUAUGGAAGGCAAUGGAGCUCAUGAAGACCUAGCUGAGAUCAUUUCAUCUCAAGGUCGACAUUGGGCUCUUAAUUAUUUUAGGUGGGAAGAUAUGGUGGCUUAUAUGUUUAGACUUGUUUUGGAGUAUACAAGGUUAUAUCAUCGCUCAGAGAAAGGUACUUCCACCGAUUUUGAUGAAUCACUUUUGCUUUAG